GGUCAGAUGCAGAAAGUGGAGGUUGAUCAGUCGCACUUGAGCUCAAAGUGGCUGCUAGUCGUGCAAAUGCUGCGCAGAUGAAGAGUGGGACGCAUGCGAGGUGAGGAGGAAGAGGCGGAAGAAGAGGAAAAGGAGGCAGAUGAUUGAGGGGAUGUAGUAGUAGAUGUCGGCAGAGGAGAUGGUGGAGAUGGUGGUGAUGGUAGUCGUCGCGGCGGUGGGGGUUGGGGUGGGGGCAGUGACUGUCUCUUAUACACAUCUAGAUGUGUAUAAGAGACAGGCGUUCAAGACACGGUAUGGGCAUUUUGAGUGGGUUGUCAUGCCAUUUGGCCUCACCAAUGCCCCCGCAACGUUUCAAGCAGCAAUGACGGCUGAGUUUCGCGACUUGCUCGAUCGCAGCGUCCUCAUCUACCUUGAUGAUAUCUUGGUUUAUAGUAGGACGUUCGACGAGCACAUCGUACACCUUCGCGUUGUCUUGAAUCGUUUGCGACUAGCCAAGUACAAAGCGAAUCUCGACAAGUGCGAAUUCGCCAGGCAAGAGCUUGAGUACUUGGGCCAUUUUGUCACGCCGAAAGGCAUUCGUCCCUUAGCGGACAAGAUCCAAGCCAUCGUGGAUUGGCCGGAACCCCGUUGCACGACGGAUGUACGCUCUUUCAUGGGUUUGGCUGGAUAUUAUCAGCGAUUCGUCGAGUCAUACUCGAAAGUGGCCGCUCCUUUGUCGAGACUUCAGUCCCCGAAGCCCAAGGAAGAUGGGCAUGGAAGAGGCGGAGGUCGUUCAUUGAAUCAGAAUUACGCUGACUUCGCGCAAUGUGAAGAACCUCGAGAAAGUGUGCGCCGACUUGAUCAAAGGCGCAAAGGAGAAGCGCUUGAAGGUCAAGGGUCCAAUGAGAAUGCCCACCAAGGUUCUGCGGAUCACUACAAGGAAGUCUCCUUGCGGAGAAGGUACGAACAUGUGGGAUUCCUUCGAGAUGAGAAUUCAUAAGAGGCUGAUUGACCUCCACAGUCCAUCGGAAGUCGUCAAGCAGAUUACCUGCAUGAGCAUCGAGCCCGGUGUGGAGGUUGAAGUCACCAUCAACGAUGUGGCUUAAGCGA